AAUAAUAAUGCUCUUCAAUAUUAAUUUAUCUCAAUAAAAUUAUAUUAAAAAUUUUUAUCAUUAAAAAAAAAAAUUUGUUUUAAAUGUUGAAAAAAAUAUAUGGAGUUUUUGAAUCGUCAUUAAUUUGUUUUGAAAAUGAAAGUAAAAUUAUUUUUCAAUUAAUAAUUUGGCCAAUAGUAAUUAUUGGAGUGUUGGCAAAUUUAGGAGUUUUAUGGAGAAUUUUUAUUACCUCAAAUGGAAAAAAAUCAUUUCUAAAACCAUUUUAUCGUUCGGCAUUAUUAUCAUACGCUUUCUCAGAUAUUUUACUACUUUCAUGCUCUUCGGCAAAUACUCUCAGUUUUUUACAAACUGGUAAACGUCUAUGGAUGCUUCCUGAUUGGUCCUGUUCGUUAAUACCAUUUAUUCAAACUGUUGCUGUUCUUGUUGGCUCAUUAACACUCGCCGGCAUUGCAAUUGAUCGAUAUGCAGCAAUGAAACCAAAGCAUUCAACAAUUAAAGGAGAAAAAUGGACUUCUGCAAUUCUUUUUAUUUUUGCUAUUUGGUUAAUCGCUAUUGGAGCUUCCUAUCCAAUUUUACAAAUUUAUGAAAUUGCAACUGUGAUUGUUGUUAAUGAUGACAGUUAUUACACAGGGAAAUUAUGCGUGACAUUUAAUAUCAAUAAGGCAGCAUAUGCAUACACUUGGCUCUUCGUUACAAUAUUUCUUCCCCUGGCUACAGUUUUUGUACUUGUGCACGUACUUCUUGCUCUAAAUAUUUCUCAACGAAAAGGACUCAUGGGAAAAUCUCAUAUUUCUACUAAUCGAGAGACUCGGUCAAAUACUCUUUCUAUAGUAUCAAACAGUGGAAACUCAUCCAGACAUCAGAUUAACAAUAAUAAAAAGUCUUCUCAAUGGCCAACGCAUAUUAAACGUAAAAAGAGAACCCUCAAUAUUAUUUUGAUUCUGAUUAUAGUAUUUGCAGUUUGUAGAUUGCCACUUUGGAUUUUUCUUCUUGUUAAAUUACACGUGAGACUCGAGGGAAACUUUUGGUGGUAUUUGCAAACUGUAUUUUCAACUUUAUCCCUUCUCAAUGCAACUGUCGAUCCUUUUCUCUAUGCUUUUUUGAAUGAAACUUUAUCACUUGUGUCAACAAUUUGCUCAUGGAAAAAAGGAAAUUUUGAAGUCACGUCAAUUAACAAUAAUACAAAUGGAAAUGAAAGGGAAAAUGUAACUGAAAAAGACGCUAUUAAAAUUAUUCCUCGAGGUCCUUAUUUACAACAGGAUAGAAAUAAUUGAUUCGAUUUUUACAAUAAAUUAAGAAAUAAUAUAUCCCAACUA